ACCACCACACCAACCCCCAGAACCUUCCCAUUUCCAGCUCAUGGACACAGAACCCAGCCCAGAUGGCCACCCCAUUCGUCGUCGUCCUCCUCCUCCUCCUCUAUCCCUUCACCUCCUCCGCCGCCGUAGUUGCCACCGAAUUCCUCUACCCCAACUUCACCGCCACCGUCAUCAACUACGUCGACAACGCCGGCGUCUUCCUCACCUCCCGCAACGCCACCUUCAAAGCUGCCAUCUACAACGCCGGCCAGCAGCCGUCCCAUUACUACCUCACCCUCCUCCACGGCCCCACCAGCACCCCCGUCUGGUCCGCCAACCGCAACUCGCCCAUCCCCAACGAUGGCCUCGUCAUCCUCUCCCCUGUCGGUCUCUCCGUCGUCCACCCCAACGGCUCUCUUUUAUGGUCAACCCCUCCCCUUCCCUCUCCAGUCCGGGCCCUCCGCCUCCUUGACACCGGAAACCUCCUCCUCGUCAACGCGUCCAACGCCUCCCUCUGGCGGUCCUUCGAUCAUCCCACCGACACCCUCCUCUCCGACCAGCCCCUCCGUGCCGGCUCCUCCCUCACGAGUCCGGUCUCCGAUACCAACUUCUCUGAGGGGGACUACCGGCUCACCGUCACCACCAGCGACGCGGUCAUGACAUGGAAAGAGUCUCAGCAAUACUACAGCAUUUCCACCGACGCCCGCUCCUUCAAGGACGACAACGCCGACAUCUCCUUCAUGGUCUCCAACUCCACUGGGCUCUACCUGUUGUCAACCAAUCAAAAGGUAAUUUUUCACGUGUUUCUCGCAGCUUCGAGCUUCCGUAUUAUGAAGUUAGACUCUGCCGGCCGAUUUCAAAUCAUUAGCUACUCCGCGGCCAACUCUUCGUCGAGCUUGGAUGAUAAAUUUGUCGCGCCGAGCAGUGACUGCGACCUGCCGUUCUCCUGCCAGACCCUCGGCCUCUGCAACACCGGGGCGAACGGCACCUCCUGCACCUGCCCGGUUCUCUUUGCGGCUUCAAAAACCGGCGGUUGCUCGCCGGCCGAUGAUUCCCUUCUGGCCUCCACCUGCGGGGCCAAUUUCUCAAUCUCUUAUCUGAGCCCAGGGAGCGGUAUCGUCUACUUUGCAAACAAAUUCAUGGUGCCAAUAACCGUCGGCCAGGGCAUAUCGGCAUGCCAAAGCCUCUGCUCGGGGAAUUGUUCAUGUGUUGCUUUCAUCUACAGGAAUUCGUCAAGAUCUUGCUACCUACUGGAGAACCAGUUAGGCUCCGUCUUUAACAGCAAAGAUGGUGAAACUGCGAGUAGUAUCUACGUCAAGACCCUGCUCUCCGGAUCGCCGCAGCCGAUCUCCGGGAAGAGCACGUCUAGACAUCUCAUCCCCAUCUUGUUGCCAACCAUAGCUGCAUUCCUGCUCAUCAUUGUUGUGAUUUUCAUGGGAAUUCUUUGGUGGACGAGGCAGCAGCAAAGGAAGAGAGGUCCCAGCAUAAGAAGAUCAAAAUCAGCGGUGAUGAAGGAGAUACAAUUAGGCCGGCAGAAGUCAAGGACGAUGGUGGCGACAGCAGGAGAUAAAGGAAGGUCGUCCGGCAACCAUGAAUCAGACGACGACGACGACGACAUAUCGAUCCUGGGCCUUCCGACAAGGUUCACGUACGCUGAACUAGAAGCGGCAACAUGGAACUUCAGGACUAAAAUCGGGUCCGGCGGGUUCGGCGCCGUGUACAAAGGCGAGCUGCCUGACGAGACCCUCGUUGCCGUGAAAAAGAUCGACAACGUGGGCCUCCAAGGCAAGAAGGAAUUCUGCACCGAGAUCGCAGUCAUCGGCAACAUCCGCCAUGUCAACCUCGUCCGGCUGCGGGGUUUCUGUGCCGAGGGGACCAAGCGGCUGCUCGUCUACGAGUACAUGAGCCGGGGAUCCCUCGACCGAUCGCUGUUCGGCGUCGGGCCGGUGCUGGAGUGGCAGGAGCGGAUCGAUAUAGCGAUCGGGGCGGCGCGGGGGCUUGCAUACCUGCAUACAGGGUGCGAGCACAAGAUCGUUCACUGCGACGUGAAGCCCGAGAACAUUCUGCUCGACGAGCGUGGGCAGGCGAGGAUCGGCGACUUUGGGCUGGCGAAGCUGCUGCGGCCGGAGCAGUCAGGAUUGUUCACGACGAUGCGGGGAACGAGGGGGUACCUGGCGCCGGAGUGGCUGACCAACUCGGCCAUCUCGGACUGGACCGACGUGUACAGCUUCGGGAUGGUGCUGCUGGAGCUGGUUAGGGGGAGAAAGAACAAGUCGGUGGUGCCGAGCGAGGGGGAGAGCGAGUCGGCGGGGUGUUCGGAGUCGACAGGGUCUGGUGGCGGCGGCGGGGGGAGGUAUUUUCCGAUGGUGGCUUUGGAGGCGCACGAGCAGGGGAGGUACGGGGAGCUGGCGGACCCGAGGUUGGAGGGGCGGGCGCCGGCGGCGGAGGUUGAGAGGGUGGUGAGGGUGGCUCUCUGCUGCCUCCACGAGGAGCCCGGGCUGAGGCCGGCCAUGGGGAGCGUGGUGGCGAUGCUGGAACGGACGGCGGAGGUGGGGGAGCCAAGGGUGGAGUCGCUCAACUUCUUAAGGCUCUACGGGAGGGGGUUCGCGGAGCCGGCGGGGAACGCGUCCUUGUUUGGUACCGGCGGUCACAACAUCGGAUCGGUGUGCAGCCCCGCGACGGCGACCAGCAGCGGGUCGCCGUCGUACCUCUCGUCGCAGCAGGUGUCGGGGCCCAGAUAG